AUGAGCACGCAGAUCUUAAUUCUAGGCAGCGGAGGCAGAGAACAUGCUCUCGCAUGGAAACUUGCGCAGUCCUCUACCGUAAAACAUAUAUUCGUAUGCCCCGGUAAUCCAGGAUCAGCUAAAAAUCAAAAAACUUCAAACCUUGAUCUGCCGCUCAUCCACCCUUACAAAGAUAUCGUAGAUUUUGCUGUAAACGAAAAGAUCAAUCUCGUAGUACCCGGUCCAGAGGAUCCUCUUGUUCUUGGCGUAGAAAAAUGCUUUCGUGACGUUGGCAUACCCGUAUUCGGUCCCACACAGCUAGCAGCUAGGAUGGAAGGCUCCAAAGCCUUCUCCAAGGCGUUUAUGCACCGUCAUGCUAUACCCACUGCUAAAUUUAGAACAUUUUCUUCUUCUCAGCUUCAGGACGCCACUAACUACGUUCAAACAUGUGGUCACCCUGUCGUUUUAAAAGCCAGUGGCCUUGCAGGCGGAAAGGGCGUCCUCAUUCCCUCCUCUACUAAUGAGGCUCUCCAAGGUCUGCGAUCUAUCAUGGUAGACAAUGCCUUUGGAUCGGCAGGCGAUGAGAUCGUGAUCGAGGAACUUCUCGAAGGUCCCGAGAUCUCUGUGCUCGCGUUUUCUGAUGGGUACACUAUCGUACCCUUACCAGCCGCACAAGAUCACAAGCGUAUUGGCGAGGGGGACACCGGUCUCAAUACUGGAGGCAUGGGCGCCUAUGCCCCUGCCCCUGUCGCAACACCUGCGAUCAUGGAUCGUAUCAUGACGGAGUCUCUACGUCCCACCAUCGACGGCAUGCGCAAAGAAGGAUUCCCUUUCGUCGGCCUCCUCUUCACAGGCUUCAUGCUCACUGCUGACGGGCCCAAGGUCCUAGAAUACAACGUGCGUUUCGGGGACCCCGAAACCGAGGCACUCAUGAUGCUCCUGAGUGACGAUGUCGAUCUCGCUGCAGUCCUUAUCGCGUGUGCAGAACGCCACCUCGAUUCAGUCCAGAUCACCACGCGUCCAGGCUUCUCGGUUUCUGUUAUCCUCGUUUCGGGGGGAUAUCCCGAUAGCUAUGCCAAGGGGAAACCAAUCCAAGUGGGCGAGGUCCCGUCUGACGUGGUGGUGUUCCAUUGUGGAACAUCGAUGAACGGAAAUGAUCUAGUCACAUCUGGUGGCCGGGUCAUGGCAGUAACAUGCUCCGCGACUACCCUGGAACAAGCUCUUGCGCAAGUUUAUGCUGCUGUCGACAAAAUCUCAUUCGAGGGCAACGCUUCCGGUGCUGAUGUGGAAAUAGGAGGUUUUGGAGGUAUUUUUGACCUCAAAGCAACCGGCUACAAAGAUCCUGUGCUGGUCAGCGGGACAGACGGCGUGGGUACGAAACUUCGUAUCGCUGUCGAUGCCGGUAUCCACCAUCUGGUUGGAAUCGAUCUCGUUGCGAUGUCGGUCAACGACCUGCUUGUGCAGGGCGCCGAGCCGCUUUAUUUCCUCGAUUAUUACGGAUGCAGCAAACUAGAUGUCGCUACUGCCGCGGACGUCGUCAAAGGUAUCGCACAGGGCUGCCAACAAGCCGGCUGUGCCUUGAUCGGUGGUGAAACGGCAGAGAUGCCAGGGAUGUACCAAGACGGCGAUUACGACCUCGCAGGCUUCGCGGUCGGCGCAGUCGAGCGUAGUUCGAUCCUCCCCCGAGCAGAUAUCAUGCCAGGAGACGUCCUCCUCGGAAUUGCAUCUUCUGGAAUCCACUCGAACGGGUUCUCGCUCGUUCGAAAAGUCAUCGAGAUGACAGGCCUGUCAUACUCCUCGGCAUGUCCGUGGGACGAUCAAAAGACUCUCGCCCUCAGUCUUCUGGAGCCGACCAGGAUAUACGUCAAGCAAGUUCUCCCAGCUGUACACCAAGGAUUUCUAAAAGGCAUGUCUCACAUCACGGGGGGUGGUUUUAUCGAGAAUAUCCCGCGGGUGCUGCCAAAAGGAAUGGGCGCAUUCAUCGAUGCGUCGACUUGGCAGCUCCCCCCUGUGUUCCGGUUCCUGAUGCAGCGUGGGGGAAUCGCCCCUUUGGAAAUGGCUCGUACGUUCAAUAAUGGUAUCGGGUUGGUGCUCAUUGUGGGGCGAGAGGAUGUGGAUAGGGCUGUGCAGGUCUUGCAGGGGACUGCUGACGCUGCUGUUUAUCGAAUUGGUGAGGUGACGGAUAAAAGUGGGGUUGAGAUGAAAAAUUUGGAGUAUUGGAGUCCUCAAUAG